GAGUUCCUCUGGGUGCUGCGGAGGCAGCCAGUUUUGGACCCUCUGUCCUGGGUCUUCUGUCGGGGAUCCCAGGUUUUCCUUUCCCUCGGAGAAGCCGGAGCCGCAGUGCGCCAUUCCCAGGGAAGGAGCGCCCUCUAGUGCUGGGGAGAGGGAAGGCUGGAGGAGAAGGAGCUGCCAGCCAAAGAGGAGCCAGCGGACUGCACCCUGACCCGCUGGGCCGGGACAGCGCAGGGUUUUGUAGGGUCACCGUCCUCCCAGGCCACCACCUGCACUCUGUCGUUGACCUGAGGUCACGUGAGGAUGCUGCCCCUGCUUCUCGUCCUCUUUGCUCUGAGUCACCAGGCCUGGGGGAAUGGCGCACAGUUCUCCUGGGAUGAGACCCUAGACAGAAGAAUCUCAGAGAAGCUUCUGGAUCUGUAUAUCAGCGUCUCACAGCUCAUUGGCAGGAGUCACAAUGGCUUUCCCACCAUCGUCUCCCGCAAGGAGUGGGGGGCUAGACCACUCACCUGCAGGGCCCCCCUGAGCCCACCCGUGCCCUUCCUCAUCACGGAGCAGCUCACGGGGAUGGAGUGCCAGGAGCAGACCCUCUGCAGCGAGAUGCUGCGGGGCCUACGGUUCCAUUCCGUCCACAGCAAAGGCUGGUGCGAUGUAGCGUUCAACUUCCUGGUUGGGGACGAUGGCAGGGUGUACGAAGGUGUCGGCUGGAAUGUCCAGGGUUCGCACACCCAAGGCUACAACAACGUCUCCCUGGGCAUUGCCUUCUUUGGCAAUAAGAUAGGCAGCAGACCCAGCCCAGCUGCCUUAUCAGCUGCAGAGGGCCUGAUCUUCUAUGCCAUCCAGAAGGGUCACCUGUCACCCAGGUACAUUCAGCCACUUCUCUUGAAAGAAGAGACCUGCCUGGCCCCUCAGCACCCAGGGGUGUCCGGUAAAGCUUGCCCCGACAUCACCCCACGGUCUGCUUGGGAGGCCAGAGAGACACACUGCCCUCACAUGAGCCUCCCAGCCAGAUACGUCAUCAUCAUCCACACUGCCGGGACCAGCUGCAGUGUGUCCAUGGACUGCCUGAGCAGCGUCAGAGACAUACAGUCCUUCCACAUGGACACGCUAGACUUCUGUGACAUCGGCUAUCACUUCCUGGUGGGCCAGGAUGGCGCCGUGUAUGAAGGCGUAGGCUGGAAUGUCCAAGGCUCCCACACCUACGGAUACAACGACAUUGCUCUAGGAAUUGCCUUCAUAGGCAACUUCGUAGAAAAACCUCCGAAUGCGGCCUCCCUGGACACAGCCCAGGUUCUGAUCCAGUGUGCCGUGGUCAAGGGGUACCUGGACCCCAACUACCUGCUGGUGGGCCACAGUGAUGUGGCUAACCUUCUGUCCCCUGGGCAGGCUUUGUACAACAUCAUCAAAACGUGGCCUCACUUCAAACACUGAGGGGGGCCCACUCCUGAGGCUCCUCUCCCCGGCUGCACCUCACUGUCGGCACCUCCGCCCCAGGGUCACCAUCUGUGUCCCCUCUCCUACAAGCCCCACCUUUCUCAGGCUGAGGUGACCGUGUCCUCAUGUCAAUGCUCCCCAGCAUCCCCCAGGCUAUCAGCUGGGUACCCACAGCCCUCUGAGUCUCAGCCCAGUCCUCUCCCCUGGGCACCACGUGCUGGGCCUGGUGAGAUGGUUGCCUGGUUCCCGUCAGCCUUCUCUUUCUUUUGUACGGGUCCCUCUGCCUGGUGUGCCUUGCCCUGUGGCCUUCCUGGAAGCCCCCCGCCCUCAUCCGUCACCUGGGCCAGGCUGCCCACUUCUCCUCUCUGCUCACACAUCAACGUGUGCAGAUUUGGAUGCAGUCUUUAUUCCAUAACUAUAUUUUUAUAGUUAUGUCUGAUUCUUUUCUUCUGGGUCUGAGUUUCUUAGGGGAGAAGCUGCGUUCUGCUGACCCCUGUGUCCUCUGCUCCUGAGCAGUGUCUGUUUAAUAGGAGCUUUAGAUGUUUGCUGAAGAGACGGUGAAUAGGCCAGUGACCCUAGCUCCUGCUCAGCUGGCCAGUUCUCCCCUCAGCCCUCUCUGGGGAGCCCUCCUGCACAUGCCCGGUCCCAUCAACACUCUCUCUGUCCUGUUCCCUCCCACUCUGGAGCUCAGAGCUGUUGCUGGUGGCUUGUCUGAAAUGGGUGCUGUGUCUCUAGGGUCCUAUGUCCCUGUCCCCCUAGAGAACCCUGAGGAUGGACUGGGUGCUCCUCCGGGGUCAGUACAAGCUGCCCAGUGCCUGCCCAUGCCUGGUUGGACCCAGCUAGGUGCCCAGCUGGCCAAGGACCAGGAGCCACGGUGCUCUGCACCCCUCCCUGCCCAGGCUCCUCCUGCCUGCAGGGAAGAGCCAGACAACCCACUGCUUCCAUGGAAGCACACAAGAGCUUGCUUCACUGGGCCUGAUCCAAACACCGGGGAAGAGGGGAGGAGGAAGAAGGGGUGGAGUAAGGGGAAGGAGCCAGAAGUGUGCCCCCCCAUACCUUCCUCUGGUGUUUACACUGUGUUUUGCUUUUAGAGGGUUUUCACAUCUUUACCACGGGCAUGUUUUAACAGCCUACCUCUCCACAGCUCUGUGCUUCUCAAAGACUCCCCCAGUCUCACCGGAUUAUCUCUGUCCAUUAGUUAUUUCUCCUCAGGCACCGGGGUGGGUAACCAGGGGAAGGAAUGGUUUGUCUAGAGGGUGACCAGAGACACUGUCACUCCUGAUUUGCAUGAGCAGAGAAGUCUCUUUGUCUGCCCUGGGCUUCCUGUGGGUGUGGGGCUGGGUGCAGACUUUCCUGGGGAGCCCUACCCCCCCCCCCAGGGUGAGUUAACCCCUCCUCCUGCAGGAAGCAGCCAGGGUGAGACUGAGCUCCUGAGAAAUGGUCUCACGAAAGAGCUGUUUGCUGUGGUUUGAAAGUGUUUCUCAAAGCUCAUGUGUUGGAAAUUAAGUCCCUCAUUGGCGACAAGUGUUGAGAGAUGGAACUUCAACAAGGUGAUUAAUGCAUUGACCUUAUUAUGAGCUGGGUUUGUUAUAAAAGUAGACUCAGCUCUCUCUCAGAGUGUGCACGCGCAUGCUCCCUGGCUCUUCUCCAUUCUGCCACGGAAUGACACAGCAAAAAGGCCUCCUCAAACGUGGGCCUCUGGACUCUGGACUUCCCAGCCUCCAGACUGUAAAAAAUAAAUGUCUUUUUAAAAAAUACAAGUGAUGCAGUCUCAGUCAUUCUCUUCUAGCAGUAUAAAACAGAUGAAGACACUUUCAAUUUCUGGGCCUUCCUUACAAUCCUCCAAAGUAGAUUUAAACCCUAUUUCCAGGCCUCCGGGGCUUGUUGGCCUAUCCCCACACAGAUUCUAUCCUGGAGAGGGAUUUGUACACUCCCCCCUGUCUCUGUCAGCAUCCACAGAGGCCUCCUCCAAACCGCAGUGUUAAAUGAGAUGGAUCAAAUUAUGUUGUGUGUGAGCACAAAGAUGGC